AUGGCAUUCCGAUUUAAUUGGCCUGAAUUUGACAAUGAAUUUUAUAAAGAAGCAAAAUCACAAUUAGAAACGGCCAUGAACAAAGGAAAUAAACCUUCUGUAAUUGUUGAUCAUAUUACAGUAAAAGAAUUACAUAUGGGCACAAAGCCUCCAGAAUUAGAAAUAUUAGAAAUUGGAGAACUUGUGAAUGACAAAUUCAGAGGUAUUUUCAAGUUAAAAUAUGCUGGUGAUGCCUAUAUAGAGAUAAAAACAAAAGUUCAAGCAAAUCCAAUGCAUGCAAAAACAUCUGAACUACCACGCCAUUCUAGGCCAAGCGUAUUGGCCGCUGAUCAACCACUCGUAGUUCCUAUGGUCCUUCGUAUUAGUGAUCUUAAAUUACGAGGUAUUGUGGUAUUGGUUGUUUCAAAGACAAAAGGAGUGACACUUGUAUUUAAAAAUGAUCCACUUGAAAGUAUUCGUAUCAGUUCUACAUUUGAUUCUAUCUCAAUCCUGCGUGACUUUUUACAACGACAAAUUGAAGCACAAUUAAGGAAUAUGCUACAAGAAGAUUUACCAGUCAUGAUUCAUAACUUGAGUUUAAAAUAUAUUCAAUUAGAAGAAGAAAAGAAGAGAAAGAAAGAGCAAGAAGAACGUCAAUUAAAAUUAUUGCAACAGCAAGAAGAGAGACCUUCUUCUAUCUGUUUAUCAGAACCUUGUUUACGUCGUGCCUUUUCAGUUUCAUCAUCGUCUUUUAUGCGAGUUAGAUCAAAUACAUUUUCUAGUCAUAAUGAUCUUAGUUUACCAGAAUUAGAUUUUAGUCAAACAAGUAGUUUAUAUACACCAAGUUUAAUGACAGAUGAUGGCUAUGAUACUCAUUUUAUGGAUGAUUAUUUAUCCUCAAGUUCUACUAUCAUGACUCCUACAAUAACUGAUUUUUCAACAGAUAAUCUAUGUUAUUAUCAUCCUGAAUUGAAUAAAAAGCCAACAGCACCAAUAACUGUGGCUAAUUUAUUUACACAUAAUCGACAGUUUAUAACACCUCAAUUAGGCUAUACAGUUUCUAUACCAUCACAAGAAGACAGCAUAAGUCAACUAGAGGCACCUUGUUAUUAUGAAGAAACAUCAAUAGCAGAAGAAGAAAUUUCGGAAUUUACAUCGUUCUCUUUUCAUACUCAAGACAAUAAUGAUACUGAUUAUUUUUUCACAGAAGAAGAAAAGACAGUUAUUUUGAAACCAUUUGAAAAUCGAAUGGUGCGACAAUUAUCACAAUUAACUACAGUGAAUUAUACCUUAUCUCCUUUAACUGACACUAUCUCACACUUUACUUUCCGUAGUUUACCCUAUAGAAAUCCCUUAACAAUACCUCUUCCUUUCGACAUAAAAAAGUGCCAAAGAGACGAGUUACUCGAUUAA